AUGACAGGGAACAAGCAGGGCUUGAAAACUCCUCUACAAACAGCUUUAACGCGUGCGGCGACAAAAAGUUACCACCACCGGGCCUACCGGCUAACAGCGGACGACAGGAGGCGCUCCGAACGCACGGAGAAACGAGGAGGAAACUGCCAGCUCCGACGGGAAACUCCUGAGCAACGGCCUAAACAGCCGCGGCCGUUUACCUUAGCGACGCUCCGCCCCGCUCCGCCCCGCCCCGCUCCGCUCCGCCCCGCCCCCCUCCGCUCCACCCCCCCGCCCCGCGGGCAGCACGCGACAAGUACAGCUGACCGCGGCCGAGAGGCUGUUGGCGUGCCCCAGGCUCGGCGCGGAGACACCAGUCUACCUAAUGUAAUGGAAACAGCCUUUUAUUUUGAACAGGCUGGAAUAGGCUUGAGCAAAGAUGAAUCCUAUCACAUAUUCCUUGCCCUUAAAAAACUAAUUAGUGUUCAGCCAGUGCCCCAGAUCUGUCGCUUCUGGGGCAAAAUUUUGGGUCUGGAGAUGAACUAUAUUAUAGCUGAAGUACAGUACGGUGAGGGGGCAGAAGAGGAGGAAACAGAAGAGGAAGAAGCUAUUGAGGAAGAAGGGAAAGGUAUGACUGAGUUCGAAGAUGAAGAGGAGGAAAAAGACGAACCACCAAAGUCCACGUAUAAGCCCCCACCUACCAUCCCAAAAGAAGAAAGUGGAACUGGGGCUAAUAAAUAUGUCUACUUUGUCUGUAAUGAGCCAGGUAAUCCCUGGGUGAAGUUGCCUCCAGUGACACCAGCCCAGAUUGUCUGUGCCAGGAAAAUCAAGAAGUUCUUCACCGGUAGGCUGGAUGCUCCCAUUGUGAGCUUUCCUCCUUUCCCUGGAAAUGAGGCCAAUUACCUGCGAGCACAGAUAGCUCGGAUCUCAGCAGGAACCCAGAUCUCUCCAAUUGGAUUUUACCACUUUUCGGAGGAGGAAGGAGACGAAGAGGAGGAAGGAGGAAGAGAUACAUAUGAAGAAAACCCUGAUUACCAGCCUAUCCCUGUGCCUGAAAUGGUGGAUUCUCUCUCCAGCUGGGUACACCAUGUACAGAGUAUUCUAAUGCAGGGUCGCUGUGUUUGGCUUAAUCCUUUUCAAAAAUCAGAGGAAGAAGAAGUAGAAGAAGAGGAGGAGGAGAAAGCAGAUGAGCCAGAUGACAUACAGCAAGAAAUAGGACCACCUCUUGUCACUCCACUCUCUGAAGAUGAAGGUAUUCUUCAUGGAAUAUGAAGUUUGUGAUAGAGG